AUGUCAUCGAAAGUAAAAACCACAACUAAAGGAGAAGCUGCGAAAACAAAAAAACAAUCAUCGAAAAAAAUUGAGAACAAUAUCACCAAGCAAAUUAGAUUAUCAAAAUCCGAUGUUAAUUCAUCUUCUCUGUCUCAUUCUAGUACAUCACAUCAACAGCAUCACUCAGCCCCACCAUCACAAAGUCAACAACCGAAAACAGGUCUGCAAUCCAUCAAUGAAAAUGUCGAAUAUUUAGCCACGAAUGUGACAAGCGAACAACAACAACAACAACAACAACAAAAUUCAACUAACUCUAGUUUUCCUCGUUCCAAUACAGUACCGUAUCCAGCCUACGCAACAUUCAGAAAAGGUGGUGGAAACAGUCUUCCUUCACACUAUUAUUAUACAGAUUAUCCAACAUUUUUUCACGGAACAGUUUCACCUGCACCGGCAACUAUCUAUUAUAAUACACGUCAACCAUUAUCGUCGAUUAAUACUGAUUUUCAACCAAUAUCACCUCAUCAUCAACAAUAUGUGAAUCGACCUGUUGACGUUCUUAAACCGACAUUCUUAAUUGUAUCAAAAGAAGCUGAACAACAAUUAACAACUCAACUUUCAACGUCACCAAUCCCAAUAACAAAUACGGCAACUAAACAAUCAUCUAAACCAAUGUCGAAGAAAACUGAUACUAUAAUACAAGCAAUGCCAGCGUCUACUGCUGAACAAUCAUCUCCCACUGUUCGAAACAUUGAAGUUCAAACAACUAAUCAGUCACCAACUACAACAACAACAGCAGCAGCAGCAACAGGAGCAAAAAUUAUGGAUAAUACACAUCAACAUGUUGGCAUAAUUAAUACACCUAAUCCAUCACCAUAUGUUCAUUUUCUUAACGUAUCUUAUCCAAUACAAUCAUCACAAUUUUUACAAGGUGGACCCCCAGAAACAUCUAUCAUGAAUGAUGAAUUUAUUCAAAUUAAUGAUUAUCAUCAACCAUCAACUAGUAUUCGAUCAAUGCCAAAUAUUGCUUUAGCACAAGUCUCGCCUCAUCACAUUUAUGGUUCAUCUAAUGUACGACAUUACCAUGUUUCUCAACACACACCUGAUGAACAACAGCAGCAAACCUCAUUGACAAAUACUGAAUCUACUGUUGUUCGUUCUGCUACAGUUCCUCCAAUGGCAACAACAUCGAAAAAUACACGUAUGGAAACAGGAGAAACAGAUGAACUAAGUGUAGCAUCACUCGAUUUUACUCAUACUGAAUUUGUUGAUAUUCCUGGUUCGUGGCGACAUCGAUUACUACCUGAUGGGACGUCAGUACCAGUAACAACAGCAGCAAAACGAUAUCGUGCACCAAUACCUCGAGCAUUUCUCGAUUCUCAACAGUAUCAUAGUGAUUGCGAGCAAGUUGUUCGUUCAUCUAGUUUUCGUCAUCCACAACAACAGCAACAAUCCUUGGUACAAUCUCGUACAUUUGGUUCAAUACCAACUAUUAAUAGACCAUUUGAUUCGAUUCGAAGUCAACAACCAUUUCAAAUUGGUCCAAUAAUUCGUUUAAAUGAACGGGAUGUUUUAAAAGUAGCAUCAUUUUAUCAAAGUAUUGGUACUCUUGUUUACGUUGCUCGUAGUAUUGCUACACUUUACACAUCGGACUUUGAUGCCAUGGCUAAUUUGAAAGAUUGGAAAAAACUUUAUACAGGUGUACCUAUAUGGCUUUUCAAUACGGGUAUGAAUCCUAAAAGAGCACGUUGUAUUCGCUUAAUAAUAUCAGAACUUGGUUCAAGUUUCACACUUUGGGAUACAAUAGUUAAUGGUGCAUCUGAUGUACGAUUACCAAAAGCACGCCAUGUAACAUUAAAAUCGCUUGAAACAGGUACAAUACUUGCAUUGAAAUUUGAUGAUACAAGUGCAACAGACGAAUUUCAUCAAUAUUUUGUUAAACUAUCAUGUGAUCCACGUAAUGCUGAUUUAUUUGAUAUAUUCAAUGCAAAACGACGUCAACCGGUCUUUCUUUUACGUAAACGAAAAAUAAAGAAAUCAGCUAUUUCAAAACCAACAGAAUUUAAUCAUAUAACAAAAGUUGAUGAACAUGACCGAGACUCAUUAUAUACAUACUCGGUGCUGGUCGACGACGGAGCUGUUGUCGGUUAG